AUGCAAAACAUAGCCGAAGAGGUUUCCAAGUUCAAGAAGUUCCCACAGCAGGAGACCGUAUAUAACAACCCGUACGAAAUAGCCAGAGGAAAUAAGGCCCCCAGAAGGCACCACAAGAACAUCGGUCUGGGAUAUGAAACCCCGCAAACAGCCAUCAAUGGAACGUACAUCGACAAAAAGUGCCCGUUCACAUCCGAUAUAACUGUGCGUGGCAUCAUAUUUAAAGGCGAAGUUGUGAGCUUGAAGCAAACAAGAACUGCCGUUGUAGUUAAGAGGUAUCUUCACUACCACCCAAAGUACAUGAGAUACGAGAGGAGAAACACCCGAUUCAACGUCCACCUGUCUCCGUGCUGGGAUGGCCUCGUGGAGGUAGGAAGCAAAGUCGUAUGCGGAGAAACCAGGUCGCUUUCAAAGACAAAGAAGUUUGCGGUUAUUUCCUACGAGAAGACCGAGAAGGCAGACAAGUUUAAGCAGUUCUCCCCCUAG